GGUUUCAACGGCGGUGUCUCCAGCUCUAGGACUGUAUUUUUUCAACAGUCGUACAGCGUGUGAUCUAAUCAAGACGUGGUAGGACGUAUUUCAAAUCAUUGGUAAUUAAAUAUCUAAAAUGUAUUAUAUCCUUUUUUUUUUCUUUAUUUAACAAUUUAAUAUAAAUUUAGUUGAUGUUUAAAUUUAUUUUUUAAGUUUAUUUUUUUAGAUUUUUUUUUUUUUUUUUAUCACAAUAUGUUGCAUAAAAUUCAUUUAAUUUGCUUCUUUUUUUUUUUUUAAUCUGUGUGCCUGUAACAAAUUUAAUGGUUAAUCUAAAUCUGUUUAAAGAAAAAUAAUUUAAAUAAUUUUAGAAAUUUUGUCAAAAUCACUUGGAUUUAGUAUUUAACACUGUUUAUUACUUCAUUAUUAUUAUCAAAAUUCUAUUGAAUAAAGACAUGGCUAUCAUGAGAAAUCAAAUCUUGGGGCAAGAAUAUUUCAUUGAAAGUAUAAACAGAAUCAGAAUCUGUGUUUUAGCCUAGCGUCACGUUACAUUGAAACUCAUUGCAUCAGGUCAAACCCCCCCCCUCCCUAUUUUUUACGCAUAUUCCAACAAUCGUGAACGAUUCUUUCAUAAAUCAACAUAAGUUCUGCAGAUUUUGCUCUCUUGUACAGUAAAAAGGCCUGGAUCCAAACACCAUGACUCUCAAAUUGUCUCUAGAGACCUCCUCCUGUGCCAUCUUCAGGUCAUUGUAAGUUAUAGAGCGAAUUUUACAGUACGUCUCGUGAAAUAUGUAAUGAUUAUAAAAUAUUUAUUACAAUCAUGCCGGGUAUCUUAGCCCCGAUGAUUGGGGGAAAAAAAAUAAUUUGUUUCAGAUUCUUGACUUUUAUUAAUUAUAAAAGUAUAUUUUUCUAUUCAGGAAGUCACAUAAGUUUUAAGAUUUGUUUCUGGUUUUUUUUCCCACUGUCGUAAUCCAAAAUCUCCUCAUCAUAUCAGCAGCUUGGUGGUCGCGCUGCUCAUCUCCCCUGUUCUGCCCUACGCCACGUACCAAGAACAGCUCCCAAACGGCAACAAUGUACCCCAUCCGUGUAAGGUCAACUACAUGUGGCGCGGGUUGGGUCACGAGAACCCCAAUGGCGGCGGGGCCAGGAACCCAUUUGGCUUGGCGUUUGCCUCUGCUGGUCACAAGGUUUGUCCGUGCAUCUCUUUGGUCAGCAAUGACAUCAUCGCCAGGAACUUAUAUGCUUCGCUCUUAGGUUAGAAUUAAAAGAUUAGGUUCUAACAAUAAAUGUCAAUUUCCCAUGUGACAUCUCUAAACUCCCUGCCACUGACAUGUUAUGCGCUUUACACUGUAUACCAUAUAGUCCAGCAGUUCUCAAUCGAGGGGGCACGAACGACCCUUACACGGGGGUCACCUAAGACCAUCGGAAAACAUAUUUAUGAAGUAGAAAUAAACAUAGAUUUAUGGUUGGGAUCGCCACAACAUAAGGAACUGUAUCAAAGGAUCACGGCAUUAAGGAAGAUUGAGAACCACUAAUAUAGUUCGUUCCCUUAUGAUGUGUAAAAAUUAUGGUAUGUUUUAGCAAAAGAUCUGAGUUUACUGAACUGCCAGAAACGACUUGUGCAUUUUUCUGUUUGCUAGUGGACCAGAGAGCUGUGUCUUAUGGACACUGAUGGCGACGGUCGCAGCAAUGGAGAGGAACUUGGUGACCCCAGCUGCGUGUGGACCAGUGGUCAAUUACCUUCAAGGACGGACGGCAUCUCACAUCCGGGUGAGUUAUUGGGGGUGGGGGGUAGGGGGGCAUUCGUGUAUAAAAGAACAGACACCUGCGUGUCAUAGCGGCUAUCCAUAAAUCAUAAAAGGCAUUAGGUGGUUAGGGGCUGAAUUGUGACAAUAUGUGAUGGGCUGAAUUGUGACGAUAUGUGAUGGGCUGAAUUGUGACGAUAUGUGAUGGGCUGAAUUGUGACGACAUGUGAUGGGCUGAAUUGUGACGAUAUGUGAUGGGCUGAAUUGUGACGACAUGUGAUGGGCUGAAUUGUGACGAUAUGUGAUGAUAGUGUCUUAGUUAUGAUACAAAUUAUUUAAGCGAGAGGGGGGGGGGGUUUACAAAAAUCGGCGAAAUAGUGUAACGUCAUUUUAGAACGGCUGCAUAAAAAAGCAAGUGAUGUUCAUUCUAUUUUAUUUAGCUUACACGGUUUAUUUAUUUAUUUCGGCAUUUUUUAUAUAGGGCUUACCUUAAAGCUCUAAGCGCUUUACAAUUAUUAAAAACAUGUGAAUUAAUUAAAAUAAAAAAUGAGACACUAGGUUAGUAACUACUAUACUAUAGAAACAAUUAAAAUGGCUAUAAAACGAGGACACUUUGGCACCUUUUGGCCUAUAAUACAGGAUUAACCCGAGACAGAAAAUGAGGUAGGGCAAGGAGGGUGCAUCACAGGUCAUAGGCGGACCUAAACAGAUGGAUUUUAAGGGACUUUUUAAAAGUGGACGAGGUUUCACAAAGUGGCGGAUAUAGAAGGGGAGCUGGUUCCAGAACGAGAAUGAAAUAGUGAAACGAGGUAUGUGGAAGCUUGAAAAAAGGUAACAGGACAAAAAACAAGGACGUUUCGGCAUAAAGCCUUCAUCAGCCAACAAUAGAAAUGAAAAUACAACAAAGAAAAGAACACAGUAGAAAACUCAAGCAGUAUUCAUUCGUCUCUCCGGAAGUGGGAAAACAGGAAGCGAGAGAAAAUAAAUAUAGACACCGUGAAAAAUAAAGUCCACAAUAAUAAUGGGCCAGAAUAUCAAGGGAUACAUCAACAAACAGCAAUAAGAAAAUAGAUGAAAUAUAGGGAGACGGAGAAACAUCAGUAGGAUAUUAUUUGAUUAGAGAAAAUAAAUAUAGACACCGUGAAAAAUAAAGUCCACAAUAAUAAUGGGCCAGAAUAUCAAGGGAUACAUCAACAAACAGCAAUAAGAAAAUAGAUGAAAUAUAGGGAGACGGAGAAACAUCAGUAGGAUAUUAUUUGAUUAAUACCAUAUGGAGAUAUGGUGCCAAACAGCUGAAUAAAUUUAUUUUCCAUUUUAACCCUAUCUGGUGUGUUACUGCAUGAAAUCAAUGCCGUAAUGGUUACAUCCAAAGCACCUUUAUGUUCUUUUUGGUUGAAAUGAGAAGAGACCGGGGAAGGUUUACAUUGCUCAAUAUCCCUUAGAUGUUCAGUAAACCUAUCGGCCAAUCUUCUCCCAGUUUCCCCUAUGUAACUUGAUUGGCAUCUACGGCAAACAAUCGCAUAUAUUCCAGAACGAGGACCCAUGGAAGUAGAAGGAGCGUUCACCGAUGGUCUUAGUUUUGGUUCUUGGGAUUGAGAGGGUUCUAUUGUCAAUGGAAGAACGUAGUUGUCUUGUGGUGAUGUAAGGAAGCAACAGUUCAGAGAAAUAGACAGGAAAGUGAGGGUCAGUGAACGAGUUGAAGCAUAGAUUGGCAGACUUUUAUUUGAUGCGAGAGGAUAUUGGAAGCCAGUGGAGUUGCCGCAUGUGUGGUUGAAUGUGGUCAUGUUCCUUUGAUUUAAAAAUGAGUCUGCAUGCUGAGUUCUGUGCCUUCUGAAGUUUGUCUAUGUGGUGUUGAGGAAUGCCUGCGAGAAGAGUGUUACAGAAGUCAAAUUUUGAAAGAAUGAGUGAAGAGACGAGAGUUUUUGUGGUAUCAAAGGAGAGGAGGUGUCUAAUGGUACUGAUUUUUCUAAUUUCGUUAUAUGCUGAUCUACAUAUAUUCGUGACAUGGAUGUCCAUGGAGAGUGUGUCUGUAAGCGUGACUCCAAGGUUUCUGGCAGAGGAAGAGAGUGUGAUGUCAGAGUUUACAUAUUAUAUAAAUAAAAACCUAAACAUUUAUAAACUUUGUGUAUUCCAGCAACCCUCGUCAAUUUUUGUUUUGCUUCAAUGUCACUGCAACAUUAAAAAAUUGUAAUACUUUUAAACAAUGUAUGGAUUCGUCUUGGGAUAUUCUUAAGCACCGCUCAUAAGAAAAAAUAUUAACAUAUACAAAAAAAGUUUUAAAAACUAUAAAAAAAACAAACCACACAUAAAAAUUCUGGCAAUCGUCCAUCAAUUUGGGAUGAUGCUGUAGACUUCACAAUGUGAUGAGGAUGUAGACUUCACAAUGUGAUGAGGAUGUAGACUUCCCAAUGUGAUGAGGGUGUAGACUUCACAAUGUGAUGAGGAUGUAGACUUCACAAUGUGAUGAGGGUGUAGACUUCCCAAUGUGAUGAGGGUGUAGACUUCACAAUGUGAUAAGGGUGUAGAUCACAAUGUGAUGAGGGUGUAGACUUCACAAUGUGGUGAGGGUGUAUACUUCACAAUGUGAUGAGGGUGUAGACUUCAGAAUGUGAUGAGGGUGUAGACUUCACAAUGUGAUGAGGGUGUAGACUUCACAAUGUGAUGAGGGUUUAGACUUCAAAAUGUGAUGAGGGUGUAGACCACAAUGUGAUGAGGGUGUAGACUUCACAAUUUGGUGAGGGUGUAGACUUCACAAUGUGGUGAGGGUGUAGACUUUGAAGAAUGAAAUCCUGGGAUUUUUCUUCAAAUCCCUCUUCCUCAACGCAUCAGAGUCACCAAAGGAGGUAUCUUGUGAGAAAGAUACAGUAAUGCACCAGUGGCAUCGCAGAGGUUGACGGGAAUCUUCAUCGUAUCAAAUUCACACCGUCAACGGGAAAUCAUUUCAAUCCAUUGAAAUCAUCCAUUGAGUCUCAUCCACCCGGGAAUGCGAAUGCUAUUUUUGCUUUAAAAAAAAAUACCGUGGAUAAUAUAACAACCUAUAAACAUUGAUCAUAACUUUUGUAUGAAAUUUAACUAAAUUUACUUCUUCUAAUGCCUUUUUACCCCGUUUGGGGCAUAGGCCGUCCACAAGAAUUUUACGUUCAUCACGUUCCUGUGCUUUCCUUUCCAGUUGCUUCACGGUGUAUCUUUUGUAUUUUGUGUGUCUGCCUCUAACUGGCGUCUCCAUGUAUUCUUUGGCCUUCUUCUUUUUACUUUUUACCUAAUCCACAGGGAUAGGGAAAAAUUUUAAUUUACAGUUGGUAAUUAUGUUAUUUGAUUGAGACAAUACAAGUGAAAUGGGUGUUUUGGUGAUUUUUUUUUUUUAUUUAUGGAAAGAUUAAAUGAAUCAGUUUACCAAAUCAAGACAAACAAGAUGAAUGAAGAAUAGCAGGCUUGUGAUAUUACUUGUGAAUUAUUUUUAAAAAAAUAUCAUUUGAAACUAAUUAAUGUAGAAACUAAUUUACUUUUUUUGCUCGCUACACUUAAAAAAUUUAUUUACAAGUUAACGCCCUCUAAAUUUACAUCUUAAAUAAUAAUAUAUUUUCAUACUGAUUGUGAAUAGCUGUUAAACAAGCUUUACAAAGGUAAAUACAGUAGGGAAAAUGUUCCUGGUCUUUUUAUGGCUUCGAUUCCAUUAGUUGAUUGUCGAACGGAUUGUGAAUACAGAGAACAUACAAAAAAGACUCAUUGAUGAGUUGUUUAAGUACCUUUUACGAUUGUCGCGUCUUUCCAAUUAUCGGAAGAUUUUACAACAUUGAAAUGAUCACCUAGAUUUUUUGUGUGCCCUUGACAUCCAGGUGUGUGUGAGCCGAUCAACUCGACCCUGUGUAAAGGUCGUGACAGCUUCGUGAACUGUGAGCUGCAAGGGUUCGACAACUGCACCAGGGUCAAGCAACCAGGUAAUGUAUUGCUGGCAACAACAGCAACAAAUUUAUAUGCAACUUGUGACGUGUAAGCCAACUGAAUUAUAUAGGAGCUCUCAUUUUAAGUUACACAGAGCCAACAGUUGUAAGAUCAAAUGAAUUACAAAGACUCUCUUGAAAUUUAUACAUAUAUAUAUACAUUUCAUAUAAAUAAACAUUAUAUAUAAAUAAGACUAAAAUGUCAAAGACUGUAAAAAAACAACUAUAUAGCAAAAUAUUCUUUCUUUUUUUUUUUUUUUUUUUUUUUUUUUUUUCAAUUCUCCCUCAUAUUCCCUACCCUAGGAGUGCUUAACAUCACCAAACAGUUUCCGAGGUUUCUUGUCCCGGCCCAGGAGACGAGCUACUACUGUAUGACCUAUGACCUCCCAGCCGACCAGGAGUACCACAUCAUAGCGUUCGAGCCCGUCAUCGUCAACCGAGACGUCAUGCAUCACAUCCUCUUCUAUGGUUGUGUCAGCGGUAACUAUGGACGCCAUAGUGAAAUCAGGGUUUAUUAACCAGGGGCGCUACUGCAGGAAAAUAAAUCCUUUUUUUAAAGCAAAUAUAUAUUUUUUUAACUUUCAUAAAAUUAAUGACAUUUUUAAAAAAAUUAUAGACUGAGGCGUUUCUUUGAGAAGAGUGUAGUAGAUUUUUGGGUUUAAAUGUAAUAUUAAAAAGCUUCUAGAACAGUGGUUCUUAACCUUUUUAGAGAUACCGAACCCCACCAGUUUGAUAUGCGCAUUCACCGAACCAUUCUUUAUAGGAGAAAUAAAAUAUGAUUUUUUUUUCCUGAUUUUUUCGGGGACCUCCGCCGAACCCCUGAGACUGACUCACCGAACCCCCGUGGUUCGAUCGAACCCAGGUUAAGAACCACUGUUCUAGAACAAGGCUAAUUUAAUGCGGAAAUGGUGCAAGCACGGCCUUCAUUUCAGGAUAUUUUUUUCAAGGGGGGGGGGGGGGCAAAACCAAAACUUGGCCGGCUUGUUGAGUUAUUGAUUACUGGAGGCGCCCCGGUACAUCGCAAUUUAAAUAAAAGACCUACCCAAAUUACGCCCUUUUUUUAGGGGGGGGGGGGGGGCAAAACCAAAACUUGGCCGGCUUGUUGAGUUAUUGAUUACUGGAGGCGCCCCAGUACAUAGCAAUUUAAAUAAAAGACCUACCCAAAUUACGCCCCUGCGUGCGAUCCUGGCUGAUGCAGACUCAUUGAUUGGUUCUUUUAAACGUACAAGUUUCAGUUACGGGGAACAAAAGAUUCGGAAAUCACCUCCAUUUAAACGGAGUGCAAUUAACAAGAAUGCAUUUAACAACAGUUCAGCUGUUUUUAGAAAAUAAUUCCCCCAGUUUUCAUCCUAAUAAAUACAAAAAUGGUAUUUGCGAAAAGUCUCUUUUUUUUUAAAUUUUAAGUUUUUAUACCCAAGUGCCACACUUUUUCUAAUCUUUCAAACACGAUGUCUGUUACCUCUGGUUGUGGUAAAAUCACACUUAUACUCAUUGCGAACAACAGAGGUUGUCAUUGUUGAUGUUCGAAUUAUCAUAUUUCGGAAAUGAAAUUAUCAUUGAUGAUAUUUCAAGUAUCAUAUUCAGUAACUAGAUUAUUAAAUUCAUACCAGCUUCUGGCUUUAAAUAUAUAUAUAUAUAUACAUAUAUAUUAUAUAAUAAAUAAAAUAAUAAAUAAAUAUAUUUAUAAUAUAAUAUACAGAAUAUAUAUUAUUAAAAACACAUCUGUUUCUAUAUAUAUAUAUAUAUAUAUAUAUAUAUAUAUAUAUAUAUAUAUAUAUAUAUAUAUAUAUAUAUAUAUAUAUAUAUAUAUAUAUAUAUAUAUAUAUAAACAAACAUAAAUAUGAUGCAUGAUGUGAUUGUAAAACAAUAUUCACAUGGUGAUGCUAAAAUUAGCUUCCCUAUACCGUACCAACAUUUUCAAAAUUCCUCCUUUUGAAAGCCACAUUUUAAAAAUUCCUCCUUUUGAAAGCCACAUUUUAAAAAUUCAUCAUUUUGAAAGCCACAUUUUAAAAAUUCCUCCUUUUGAAAGCCACAUUUUAAAAAUUCCUCCUUUUGAAAGCCUCAUUUUCAAAAUUCCUCCUUUUGAAAGCCUCAUUUUCAAAAUUCCUCCUUUUGAAAGCCUCAUUUUCAAAAUUCCUCCUUUUGAAAGCCACAUUUUCAAAAUGCCUCCUUUUGAAAGCCACAUUUUCAAAAUUCCUCCUUUGAGGAAUCGAACACGAUAUCUCCUUUACAUCAAUUAUAAAUUUUUUUUGUAUCUUCCAGACAGCAAAGUCCGCUAUGACCAGCCAGUACCGUGUGGCAUGAACGCGGAGAGUGUCGGCUGCUACGACAUCUUAGCGGCGUGGACCGUCGGGACACCGGGCAGUUGUCUCCCCUCGACUGUUGGCUUCAGAAUUGGUAACAGCACGUACAGUCGGGCAAUGAUGCAGGUAAUAGUUCAUAAGGUCGCACGUGAAAAGCCCCCUAUCGGGUGGAAUGCGCUGUGAUCUGACUGGAAAUUAUUUUCACUAACACUAUACAACCAAGAUGACAUUAUUUUUUUUUCGCACUUUGUUAUACAGUGCGCAUGAGAAAACCUGUACGGUCGUAUAAAUUCACCAAAAGAAAGAGAAGGAGAAAAAUUCAUUUUCUCCUGAUGUUGCUCUUUCCGAUUCUGCUAGUACUGAGUGUGUCUAUACACUCUGCUAGUGCUUAGUUUGUCAAUACAUUCUGCUAGUACUGGGGCUAUCAAUACAUUCUGCUAGUACUGAGGCUAUCGAUACAUUCUGCUAGUACUGAGGCUAUCGAUACAUUCUGCUAGUACUGAGGCUAUCAAUACAUUCUGCUAGUACUGAGGCUAUCAAUACAUUCUGCUAGUACUGUGGCCAUUAAUACAUUCCACUGACCAAACUUGAUUAAUUGCACUCAUUCGUUAAUAAUGUGAUUAAACAACUCUUAAAUUUUUGUGUAUUCGGUCACAAGCGUGAACUUAAAAUGGUUCAAAUCUGGGAGCUUUUAUGUCCUUAAUUUUAUCGGUACAAAACAGAGCGUUGCUGCCACGUAACUUGACUCUUCUUCGCAAAAUUUAACUUACUGACCCCUGGCUUGCGUGAGUGACCAGAAUUAAACGUGAAACUUUUUUUUUUUUCUUCCUUUUUUUUAAAGUGCACCUUUGCUGUAAACUUAAGGAUAUGUUUUGCCUUCAAAUCAAACCCUCGGAAAGACUAUUUUAAAAAUCUCUUUUAAAAAAAGAAACUGUUGCGCGAGUCCAAAUUUCCCCACCGUAACUACAUAAAUAAUCUGAUUUUUUAAUUUUUUGUUUGUUUACAUUUCAGGUCCACUGGAACAACCCGCAAAACGUCCAGAACUACUACGACUCUAGCGGCAUACGGAUCUACUACCAACCUGCCGUGGACACGAUCAAUGAUCUCACCAUGUUUGCAGUUGGCCAAAAUGUCCUGGAGAUCCCGCCAGGUGAGCUUGCCUUUCUCAGCGUCGUCAGGGCUUUAGUAUUGCAGCUAGCUGUUUAUUGACUGUAAAACCUACAGCAGUUUGAUUUGGUUUGUGUGUUUGUUUGUAUUUGUGUGUGUGUACUUGUAGGCGUUGUGCCUCUGUGUAUGUGUGUGAGUGUGUAUGUGUGUUUGUGAGUGCUUGUGUGUGUGUGUCUGUUUGUGCAUGUGUGUUAUCGGAAAAAAAAUUGAUAGAUUUUGAGCUAAAAGUCCAACCUCAGAAUUGUAACCCGUAUAGAUUUAUUUCUGUUUUCGAUGUCAUGAUUUGCAUACAAACUGAUUGUAGGCGUUCAGUAACGUCUCAGUCUCACGCCAACAGGUCAGACCAGUUACGUCCAGUCCGGUAUCUGCCCAGGAAGCUGCACCCAAAUGAUCUUCUCUGAGCCUGUCCAUGUGGUCAUGGGACUAAACCACAUGCAUUAUUUAGGUAAAAAUGUUACAUACAUACACACAUAUUUAGGCGACCUGUAACCCUUGCAUCCAUGCCAUCAAGCCUCAUUAUCAGCUUUAGUAUCCCCCACUGCAUUAUUUUAAACAUGUUUUUAUUUUUUUUAAAUUUGGUUGCAUUUUAAUAAUAAUUGUUGUUUUGAUAUAACUCGAUCCUGCUCACAAAAUACUAAUUUUUUUUUUAAAUUGUUUUUUUUGUUUGUUUACAUUUGUGUUUUUGUUUUUAUUCUUUCACUAGGUCGCGGUGGAAGAGUUGAGUUGUAUAGAAACGGGUCAAAGGUCACGGAUCUGACCUACGAUGAAGUGUACAGCUAUGACAGUCCUGUAUCGCAUAUGUACGUUGUUAAUGUUUUUUGUAUGACCAAAAGAAUCACAGAAUGCGUUCCCCAUUUAUCCUUUAAAAAGAUCUCCGAAAACGUAGCGAUAUAUAUUGAUGACAUUUGGUUUGUUGAAGCCAGUCCCCGCCACGGAGCAUUGGUUCUGUGAGUUCAUCCAAUGUCCAGUGCUCUAGUAAAAUUCAUGAUUUAAAAAAAAAAAAGAUUUCGUAUUUUCGCUCUUAAAAUCAAAUACGUCUAUAAACCAGAGCAAGGCUGUGCGGAAAUAAUUUGUAAGAGAUAGAUCCAGCUUUUUUUUUUUUAGACAAAAUUUACAGGCUUUUAAAUGAAGUAAUGUAGAGCAUUCAAAUUUAAUAUAUGUGUAAAAUAAAUAUUGAUGUUUUUUUUUUUGUAUUAUAAAUUUAAUGACUUAUGAAAAAAAAAUGUAAGCAACCAUAUUCCUCUCUCUAGCGUAUCUAUUAGUUGAUGUCCUCCCGCAUGAAGAGCACUUUUGAACUCCGCUCAUCCUUGUAAUGUUGUUCUGCUCAAAAAAACAACAAAACAAGCACACCAAAAAUGCAGCACUAUUUUUUAUUGAGUUAUGUCACUAGCCUUAAUAUUUUUCACACACGGACAUUUUGACAAAACCGAGCGCAUGUCUAACGAUUUCUGGGUAUUAGGCAUCAUGCAGCCUGACAAAAUACACCUUAGAUAAGCGUAAGUCCUCCCACUCGUUCAUGUCCUCCUUCACUGCCCUCAGUCACGAUCCACCUAUCCAGGUCCUGCCCGGCGAUGAGAUCAGAUCCACCUGCGUGUUCAACUCCAUGUCCUCAAAACGGUACAUUUACUUUGGCGAGUCCACGCAGGAGGAGAUGUGCGUCAUGUUUCUCACGGUGUAUCCGGCAAGGGCCGUCAGGAGCACGAACAGUGAGGAAGAUAUUUUUUUUUUGUUCUUUAACAUUGCCUCCCUUGUUUUCAGUUUUAGUUCUAUUUAAUAUUUUAUAAUAAUUUUUUUUUUUUUUAAAAUUCAACCCAUAGGAUCCUAUUGAAUAGUUCACACUAGUUUAAGAUUUAUUACCAACUCUUUGGUAAAAAGAGAAUUAUUAUAAGUCUGAACGUUGGAACUGUAAUAGUUGGUCAAACUCUGGAAUAUCUAGCAAAAUCAAAGCCAGUGUGAUAAAAUCAAGGAAAAUGUAUAGUGCUUUAGAAUGACUUUUUCUUUUUUUUGUAUGAAGACAUCAAUUUGUAUGGUCCAUAUCGGAAGUGAUGUGAAUUACAUUGAAAUACUCCAGAGAGUAAACUUACAGAAUUUUUAUUGAACCCACGGAAGCGCAUGUCUCCGAAGGUCCUUUUGGAGAGAGACGUCGUGUUCCUAGCGCUAAAUAUUUCACGAUAAUCUCUCACUUACCCACUAGUUGACAAUUUGUCCCUUUUUAAUAAAAAUUAUUAUUACCUUGGAACAACCAUUGAUACUAACCGCACUCCCCACCCCUUCGCCAAAAAAACAAAAAAAAACUCAUCUAGACUGUGUCCAAGUUGGUCCCGUGACAACCUGUGACAGGCUGGCUGGACGUCCUGUACAAGGAUGUGACUGGAUGACAUUUGUAAACAUGAAGAGCCCAGCAUCAGCUGCCCUCCUGCAGAAGCUGAGGGACAGUUGUAGCCUAGACGGGAUGUGUAGGCCAGAGUGCAAACUGGUGAGUCCAUGGCAACUAUCGGUGAUGGCACUCUUUAGUGUACUAGUAAAUUUUAAAAUUGUGUAGAUAAAUUGGUAUCCUGAAAAAGUAUGCUUUAAACUUUAGAGGUAAUUUGUUUUAAUGAUCGUAAAUUAAUUAUUCACUUGUGAACGUGUGAAUUAUAAAGAAAUAUAUGAAGUUUUGCCUUUUUUUUUUUGUAGGUUUUUUUUUUCGGAAAAAUUAGUAUUUAUUGAUAGUAGUACAUAAUCUUCUAUUACUUUGUUUUAAAAAGGUCCAGUUAAAUAUGUUCUUCUACUUUUGAAUAUACUAUUAAAUAUAUGAAGUUUUGCCUUUUUUUUUUUUUGUAGGUUUUUUUUUUCGGAAAAAUUAGUAUUUAUUGAUAGUAGUACAUAAUCUUCUAUUACUUUGUUUUAAAAAGGUCCAGUUAAAUAUGUUCUUCUACUUUUGAAUAUACUAUAUAACAGAUAGACAAUAAAUUGUGAAGUCGUUUGAUAAAUCAAUUACAUGUAGGAUAAUAAACGGAAAUGGAAUUUUUUUUUUAAAAUCUACAUCUUUUUAAUAUCUAGGAAUUAACAACGGUGGAUAAAAUAUAACGUCAGGACACCUUAAUUCCUAUAUAAAAUAAUUAAAAAUCAAAAUUUAUAGAUGAUCUCUUACACCAACAGGUCCACGAUGAGAUAGCGCAACACCCCUGCAUGAAAGGUGACGUGGUUGACCUUGUAAACCUCGUUUUUACUAAAAGCAUGCUGGGGUUAGAGUUCCUUGGGCGAUUCCAUUCUUGCAGUAAUGUAAUUAAGCCUUCUGGAACGACGACGACACCGGCAUCAACGUGCACUAAAGAAACGUGCGGUUGCUGAGUGCGCUCUCUAGAAAACUUUCACCACAGCGCACCUCAAACACAUUUUCCUCAAUGGCAUAAUAUUUAGAUGGUUUCAACCAAAAAUGAUACGAUAAAAUAGAUCAUUUAUAUGUUAUAACCUUAACAAGAGAUUGUCGGUAAUAUUGUGACGGAAAAAAUAAAAAUGUCCAUGUUGAAGUACUUCAAAAAAAUGAACAUCUUAAAAUAUUUUUUAAAAUUCUAUAUAGUUUUCAUUGAAUUCAUACCUUUUGUGUACCAUAAACUACAUUUUUUCUAUGUUAUAAUCUUUAUAAAGGAAGAGUGAGUAAUACGCGAUUGUAAAAAUAAAGAUGUUAGAGAAAACGUCACAAAAAUGAUGCGAUAAAAUAGGGCUAACGUUACACUGUCAUAUUUGCUGC